UUUGGCCAAUUUGUAUUUUUUGUUUUUGCUUUGGCUUUCGAUCUGACCAUGGACAUUGCUAGUACAAUUAAGUUUCGUGACAUCUGCAAGAUGUUCGAGCAAGUCAAAUCGCAAAAGAAUCAACAACGCAAGGAAUUGGUACUUAAACGCUAUUAUGAAUCUUUUCAACGGCACCGCCAGUCAUUCCGUCAGACGAGGCAUGAACAGAAUGACCAAAAGCAGGAAGCAGAGACAAAUCCUGUAGAGAAUGGUAGCAGUAGCUUCUACUCCGUGCUCCGAUUGCUAUUGCCAAGCGCCGAUACGGCAAGAGAUAAUUAUGGUCUUCAAAUAACAGCUUUGGGGCGUCUCUAUACCCGAGUCUUGCAGUUGGCCAAAGAUUCUAGAGAUGCUAUACGUCUGCAAGAUCGAGGCUGGAACUCGUUUCGCAUGGGCGCCAGAGGUGGUGAAGAUUAUGCCGAAGUUGUUCAUGCCGUUCUCCUGCCCAGAUGUCAUAAUCCGCCAAGUAAUUUAACUCUCCAAGAGGUGCACAACAUGCUGGACACUAUAGCCAAUGAGGACAUGACAGUAAAGGAAACAGAACUCAUACGAUUUACCGAUUUGGCUUCGCCUUUGGAACAAAAAUGGCUAAUACGUAUUUUAUUGAAACGUCUAGAGUUAGGCAUUGGAGAGCAGAGAAUAUUUGGUGUUCUUCAUGCGAAUGCCAAGGAUAUGUAUCAACGUUGCUCCGAUUUGGGCAGAGUGUGUAAUCUACUUGCCGACAAUAAGCUCAAUGUAGGAAAUGAUUCAGCUGCCACUACCACUACACCGGCUGCUGCUCCUCCCCAAUUCAAUCUGAAUUUGGUAAUUGAACCAUUCCAUCAUAUACGACCCAUGCUAUGCGAGAGAUUUCCGGGCAAAAUUGAAGAGCUCAUGAGCUUGGAUGUCCUCUAUAUGGAAACAAAAAUGGAUGGCGAACGCUUUCAAUUGCAUUUCGCACGCGAUCGUUUCAAGUAUAUAUCACGCAAUGGAGCCGAUUAUACACGCAACUUUGGCGGCUCCUAUGACCAAGCGGAUGGCACACUGACGCCUCAUUUACGUGCCCUUCUGCCCCUCGGCAUGGAGUCGAUUAUACUGGAUGGCGAAAUGAUGGUCUGGGAUGUGAAUCGGCAAUGCUAUCGCGAUAAAGGUGAAAAUACAGAUGUCAAACAUUUGAAAUUGGACGGCAGUUGGCGUCCCUGCUAUGUGGUCUACGAUCUGCUCUAUCUGAAUGGUCAAAGCUUGUUGGAUUUGCCCUUUGUGCAACGUAUGCACAAGUUGAAUGAGCUAAUUGUUGAACGACCAGGAGUAUUAGGUAUAAUGCAUGGUCGUAAAGUUGGUUCGAUUGAGCAGUUCCAUCAAUAUUUCCAAGAGGCUCUCGACUCCAAUGCUGAGGGAAUUGUAUUAAAAAUGCAAAAUUCCACCUACAAGCCGGGCGUACGGGUCGGUGGUGGUUGGUAUAAGGAUAAAGCAGACUAUAUCAAAGGCCUGACCACAGAGUUUGAUGUUCUAAUCAUUGGCGGGUUCUACAAUCGAAAGAUGACAUUCAUUGAAUCCUUUUUACUGGGCGUUUUGCAAACGCAAACCAAUAACAGUGGACGCGAUGAGGUCUUUAGCAUUGGCCGUGUGGCGAAUAACACACGACAGCGUGUCGUGCUGAAUGAUGCACUGCGUUCGCAUUGGCAUAAGGCCAGUGCAGAGCCGCCUCCAUUGUGGUUUCAUUACAAGGCCAAUGAGAAGGAGGGUUGUCCAGAUGUUUGGAUUGAACCUAGACACUCAAUUAUCCUGCAAGUGAAGGCAGCCGAUUUGGCCCCCUAUGGAGCAUUCUAUACGGCGAAAUCCUUACACUUUCCACGUACCGAACUGGUGAGAGAUGACAAGGUCUGGAAUGAGUGCAUGACGCUGCAGGAGUUUCAGCAAUUAUGUGAGGGUCAAAUUGGUAUUAAGAAGCUAAACAAACGACAACUGCGACUCGAUGAUUUCACGACGGAGAGGAAACGCCAGAAGCUGACACCAGCGGAACGAAGUCGUCUGGGUCUGUCGGCCUAUGAGAAACGUCGCUGUGUGCCAUUGGAGGCGAAUACCCUGCUUUUCGAUGAGUUUAAAUUCUGCAUAUUGAGCGGUUCGCCUGCCCGUCGCCAACACAAGCAUCAAUUGCGGGAUUUGGUCCUGCAAAAUGGUGGCUUUAUUGUCGAGAAUCCUCUGCCCCAUGAUCCCAAAUGCAUUUGUAUUGCCGGCGAUAUAACUUAUAUGGUGGAGCGUCUAAUGCAACAAUUUGCUCGCAAAUGUGAAAUCGUACGCAUGGAUUGGCUCCUGCGAUGCUGUGAGAAGCAACAGAUCGAAUUGCGACCCAAGGAUGUGCUGGCACCCACUGAGCCAUUGCGCCAACAGUUUGCCAAAAGUUUUGAUCGUUUCGGUGAUGGCUAUUCCGAAUCCUUUGCCACAAUUCAAGAGCUGCAGGAUGUCCUAGACGAUAUUACCGAUGCCGAUCUUGAGCAGAAUGCCAAAGACUUCGAAUCGCAGGCCUAUCAUGAUCUAGAGCAAUCCCUUGACUACACUGACUAUUAUAUAUUUCGCAACAUUGUUGGCUAUUUGUCCAACAAUAAUGAUCCAAUGACUCGUCUGUGGUUUCUUCAGCAUGGCGGUCAAUUGGCCAGCGAUUCAACGGAUCGCUUUUUAACUCAUGUCUUUAUCGAUGUAACCAAGAAAUUGGAUAACUUGGAGCUGUUAAUCCAUCAAUUGCCGGCUUAUGUGCAAGUUCUUAAUUCAAACUGGCUUCGGCAAUGUCAUCGUGAGUCCAAGCUGAUUCCAUCUAAUCAAUUUCAAGUCAAUAAUCAUUGAUCACAAUGAUUACAACCAGUUUGCCUUGUGCUCGGACGAUCAUUUUGUUUUUAGCAAUAACUAAGUUAAAGUAUUAGGGUUUGUGUUACUAAAAGUUAAGCGUUUUGUUUUUAGAUGUUUUAAAUGUGAUUCGCACAGAAAAAGCAUGCAGAUUCUAGGCGACUUUCUUGAUGUUUUUAAAGGCUUACCCAUUUAGUCAGUUAUUAACCUAUUUGCUCAUUCUCUGUUUAGUUUUUUAAAAGCUGAGAUGUAAAAAUCAAGCAAAUCCAGGAAUUAUAAAGGUAAACAAAUGAGUUAGCAAAUGAUAAGAAAAAUCCAUUCAAAUCCAUUUCAAAGCAACUACAUUUUAAUCACCAGUUUAAAAUCUUAUAUAUCUAUAUCUAUAUUUAUAUCGUUUUAAAAGUUCGCGGUCAACAUUUUCAACAUUAUGCCAAUAAAACUUAUUGACGAAAUCUUUUAUAUGUAAAUUAUAUAUUCUGAAUGUUAAGAAUGAUAUAUACCGAGAAAACAAAAAUGAUUGGCAAUAUCUUUAUAUCAAUUGUAAAUUCUGAAUGCUAAGGGGAUUAACCAUUUUUUUUUUUUUAAUUUUUUUAAGAACUGUUUAAAACUCUACAUUAGGGGUUGAUUUAUUUAAAAGUACACAAAUUUUAAUAUACGUAUGUUAAAUUUUUGGCAAUAAAUAAUAAGAAUUAUAAGAAUAUAAAGUAAAGUCUUAGUCAAAAUUAUUAGUGACGAAAAAACUAAAGGAUUAUAAAACUAGAUAAUAAAAUCUAGGUUUUAUCAUUGCCGAUUUGGAAAAUAUAUACAUUUUUUGUUUUUUAGUUUACUACUAGGUCCCGAAACAGCAUAAGCUUUGCAGGUUCAUUCACCAUUUUGCUCUGUUUAAAUUUAUUUAUAUAAUAACAGAAAUAAAUCAACAAAUAAUCGGACUUUAAAAUUGUAUUCAGUUCGAAAUAAUGUUGGCUCUAUAGAGCUGAUUUCUACGAUCUUUUUAUUGACCAUUCUGUUUAUGUAAAUAAUUUGAAAAUUAAAA